CCUCCCUUUCACCAAUUUACUCAAACUGCACAUGGCCGACACAUAGCGCUUCUAGAAGGCGGUAUCGCGCCAUUUGUCCUCGCCUCUCGCAGUGUCCCGCGCCAUCAUGGCCGAAACAGCGGGCACAAAGAGGCCUCAUUCCAACGCGACCUCCGAUGCGCACGCGAACAAGAAGCGCAAGGUGCAACGAACACUCCAGCAUGUCGCAUGCAGACCGCAGCAUGUCGAGCCUGCUCCUCAAGAGCCAGUCUUCGUGCAGAGUCAGCUACUUAAGAGCAUCACCGCCGCUCUGACGAUGGCGGGCUUCGACAGCGUGAAGCCGACUGCGCUCGAGAUGUUUCGCGGGGCGGCAGAGGAGUACAUGCUAAACUUCCUCCAUCACGUGCGCACGAGCAUGCAGAGUAACCGGCGCACAUCUCCAACCGCUCUCGACUUCGCAUCUGCUCUGGCGCUCGUACCGAACACAUCCUCCGCAUCCCUGCUCAAGCCGCUCUUGGGUGAAAAGAUCCCAGAGUCAAUCUCGAGUCCUUCCAUUCCCGAUCCAGAUCCUGCGCCACCUGCGGCGCCCGACUUCAGCUCGCUCCUACAACCCCUCGUCACUGCUCAGCCACCAUCCUACAUCCCGAAACACUUCCCAUCACUACCACCUAAACACGCGUGGAGACACACAUCCGUGUAUGCGGAUCGAGAACACGAUGCGCGCAAGAUGCGAGAGCGCGCGACAGAGGAGGGCAUGCUAGCGGAGCAAGCAUUGAGGAAGCUGGCUGCUGCGGCCAAGAGCGGGGCAGUCAAGGCUGAGCGUAUGAAGGAGAACGCGAUUAGUGAGGUGGGACGAAAGGCUGGCGUGAAAGGUGGGAGGAGGCAGGCGAGGAGAGGCCAGGGAGCUGAGCAGCUGUAUGGACAGAUGUUGAAGGACAUCGCAGGCACUGCUGCAGGGGAUGAAGACGAGGGGAUGGAUCUGGGGCUGGACGGCAUCAACGAGCUGAGGGAAGAGGGCAUCGAUCCGGGGAUGCCGGAGGGAGUGGUGGUCAACUGGGAUAUCGCGGGUUGGAGGCGAGGUGCUCGAAAGCAUCAUCACUACAUCUGAUUCCGCCCGUCAUUUAGCGAGGUGUCUUUGGUGUUAUUUGAUAUUGGCAUUGGUAUGG